AUGGUCUCUCUGAUUUUCACAUUCCUUCUUCUUCAGCUUCUUUUCUUUUUCAGUUCCUUGGCUGGUCCAAGUUGUUUUUCUAAUAUGAGAAACAGGGUGCACAUGGAUGGAGAUGUGAUGAUAGCUGGAUUUUUUCCUCUCUACAUUUUGGGAAACUAUGAAAGUAAUAUUGAUGUUUCCAAGAAUGAAGAUGGCAGGCUAUUUAUUUUCAAGAACUACCAGUAUAUCCUAGCCAUGGCUUUUGCCAUUGAGGAGAUCAACAAGAACCCUGAUCUUUUACACAACAUGACUCUGGGACUUGACAUCUAUAAUGUUGAUUUCAGAAGUUGGAGAACACUUAAGAAUCCCUUUAUUUGGCUUUCGGGGAAGGACAUGAUCCCUAAUUACAACUGUUUGAGACAGAUGAAGUCUGUAGCUGUACUGACAGGAACAUCAGGAACAACAUCUUCACUGAUUGGUGUACUGCUGAACCUCUACAGAUUUCCACAGCUUACCUUUGGACCUUUUGACCACAGUCUGAGUGACAGCAGCAAGUUUCCUUCUGUCUAUCAGAUGGCCCCAAAGGACACAUCUUUAGCAAUAGCCAUCGUCGCCUUAAUGAUUCAUUUCAGCUGGAACUGGGUAGGUCUGUUGAUCUCAAAUGAUGAAAAUGGUUUGUGGAUUCUUCCACAACUGAGAGAAGAGAUGGCCAAGAAUGGACUCUGUUUAGCCUUUGAGGAAAGAAUCCCAGUCAGUCACUUGGCAGAUACCUCAAAAAUCAUGGAUGUCUAUCAUAGUAUUCUUAAAUCAUCUGCAAAUAUCAUUACCAUUUACAGUGAUACUGAAUCCCUACUAGACUUCAUGACGUAUUUUGAACAAUUUUUUAUAACAAGCAAAGUCUGGGUCAUUAACUCUAAAUGGGAUGCAAUAAUCAAGAAAUAUUUCAUGCUAGGUUCAUUGCAUGUUCCUCUCAUUUUCUCACACCACCAUGGAGACAUUUCUGGAUUCACAAAUUUUGUCAGGGCAGCUAAUCCUUCCAAAUACCCAGAAGACUUCUACCUGGCUAGAUUAUGGUUUCUCUCCUUUAACUGCUCAUUGUCUGAGUCUGAUUGUAUAACUUGGGAGAACUGUCCAGACAAUGCAUCCUUGGAAUGGCUGCCUGGGCAUCUUUUUGACAUGGCCAUAUCUGAAGAGAGUUACAAUAUAUACAAUGCUGUGCAUGCUGUGGCCCAGGCCCUUCAUGACUUGAUUCUCUGUCAGGCAGAAGUGCAUACAACAGCAAAUGUGAAAGGGGUGGAUUUUUCCUUUUCACAGUUACAUCCCUUUCUGAAGAAUAUCCAAUAUAUAAAUGUUGCUGGAGACCUAGUUAUUUUUGAUAAUAAAAGGAACCUAGGGACAGAGUAUGACAUUGUGAACAUUUGGAAUUUUCCAGAAGGUCUUGAGCUUAAAGUGAACAUAGGAAAGUUUUCACCACAUGCUCCACAUGGUCAUCAACUGCGUUUGAAUGAAAAUAUCAUACAAUGGACCAUAGGAACUACAGAGACUCCUCGGUCUUUCUGCAGUGAGAGUUGUGGUCCUGGUUUCAGAAAAUCUCCUCAAGAGGGAAAGGCUACCUGCUGUUUUGAUUGUACCCCUUGCCCAGAGAAUGAAAUUUCUAAUGUAACAGAUAUGGACCAGUGUCUGAAGUGUCCAUAUGAUCAAUAUGCCAACUCAGAGAAAAACCAUUGCCUUUUAAGAACUGAAACUUUUCUUGCUUAUGAGGAACCUUUGGGAAUGGCCCUGGUCUGCAUGGUGCUCUACUUCUCUGUACUCACAGCUAUUGUCCUUGGGGUCUUUGUGAGGCACCAUGAUACUCCCAUUGUCAAGGCCAAUAACAGAACUCUCAGCUACAUCCUUCUCAUCUCCCUGGCCUUCUGUUUCCUCAGUUCUUUGCUUUUCAUUGGCCGAUCCAACACAGUCAUUUGCAUUCUGCAACAGACCACAUUUGGAAUUGUGUUCACUGUAGCUGUUUCCACUGUCUUGGCAAAAACUCUUACAGUGGUUCUGGCCUUCAAGGCCACUUCUCCAGGGAAAAGGAUGAGGUGGUUAUUGGUGUCAGGAACACCUAAUUUCCUCAUUCCUUCCUGCACUCUGAUCCAACUGAUUUUCUGUGGAUUCUGGCUGGGAGCUUCUCCUCCCUUCAUUGACACAGAUGCACACUCUGAACAUGGCCACAUCAUCAUCCUGUGCAACAAGGGCUCCCUGACUGCCUUCUACUGUGUCCUGGGAUACUUGGGCUUCCUGGCCCUGGCAAGCUUCACUGUGGCUUUCUUGGCCAGGAACCUGCCUGACACCUUCAAUGAAGCUAAGUUUCUUACAUUUAGUAUGCUGGUGUUCUGUACUGUGUGGGUCACCUUCCUGCCUGUCUACCACAGCACUAAGGGAAAGACCAUGGUGGCUCUGGAGGUCUUUUCAAUAUUGGCCUCCAGUGCUGGGCUGCUAGGCUGCAUCUUUGUCCCCAAGUGCUACAUCAUCUUGGUAAUGCCAGAUAGAAAUUCUCUGUAUGAGUUCAGACAUAAAACUCAUGCUCAAAUUAUGAGGCCUUCAUAA